AAAUCGAGAAACAUUGUUCUUGGAUAAUCGAAUUUUGUUUGAGGCAACUUCACGGCGGUUGUCGCGUAUCUCCAAUCUCCACUUUUGUCCGCGAACGUGUGCUUUCUUUCCGAUCGAGAGGAAUAAAACGGUUUACUUUUACCAAUUAAUAAAAUCGAUUAAAAUUUGACGAUUGGCGACUAAUACGCAACGAACAGGAACCAUUUUCGGUGGUUUCCUAAGUCCUGAUUCCAAACGUGCUGAACGAUGGUCGACUACUACAAAGUGCUCGAAGUACAGCGGACUGUUUCUAGUGCUGAUAUAAAAAAAGCGUACAGAAAGUUGGCAUUGAAAUGGCAUCCAGACAAGAAUCCCGAUGAUUUGGAAGAGGCAAAUAGAAGAUUCAAGGAAAUAUCAGAAGCUUAUGAAGUUUUGAGCGAUGAUGUGAAGAGACGCACUUACGAUCAGCGCUUAUAUCAGAAGGCGGCGUCAAGACCCGGCCGUGGAUUCACCUUCCGGAGUUUCUUUGAUUCUCCUUUCCAGCGAUAUUUCGAAAAGAAGAGGCGUGUUUACGAUCAGUAUGGCAAAGAAGGUCUUCAAAUGCCCGGAGGUAAACGACGCCAUGGAGAUGAUUUUGAUCCGCACUUUGCUGGCACAUUCGUUUUUAGAGAUCCCGAAGAAGUAUUUAGAGAAUUUUUCGACGGUAUACCCUUCGAAGAUUUAUUUGCCGGUUUUCAUGGUUGUUCCCGGAGAGGCGCUACGGGGAGACAUGGUCAUCCGACUAGCAAUAGUCUGAGUACUUCCUUCUUUGGUCCCUUUGGAUUCGGCUUUCGUUUGCCGUUCGAUAAUCUAAUGGAGAAUGCCGGUGGCGCAGGAAACUUUACCUCUUUCGGUGCUUUUACCAGUUUCGACGGAGCGAGCGGUGGUGCUGCUGUGAAACGUACCAGUACCUCGACUCGUUUCAUCGACGGAAAGAAAAUUACGACCAAAAAAGUCUAUGAAAAUGGGAAAGAAACUAUAAUGUCUUACGAAAACGAUGUACUGAAAUCAAAGACGGUGAACGGCGUACCACAGUCAAUAACGUUCGACGAAGCAUCGACGAGUCGUCAAGUCUGUGAGAACUUCAAUGAUAACACGAUGGGUAACCACAGCUCGAAUGCGAUCCACAACGACUAUCUAAAAGCUAGCAGAGUAAAGACGCGUCAUCAUCCGCACACGAGUAAGAAGCACGAUAGAAGUAAGAGGAAAUAAAUUGCUCUUGUCAAGUUCCUUAUAUAUUCAAGUCGACAAGUAUACGCUCCUAAUGUACUCGAUUGAUGUAAUUUAAUUCAAAUUUUCAAUUUAUAUAUAUAUAUAUACAUGUCACUAUUAUCUCCAUUGUCUACUAUCUAAUAGAAAUUCAAGAAACAUAUUGCCAAUUUAGAUAUGAGUUAUUACAUAAAAGGGGGAGAGAGAGAGAGAGAGCGAGAGCGAGAGAGAGAGAGAGAAAGAGAGAUAAAAAAAAGAUAUCUUAUAACACAAUUGGUUUUUUGACAUAUCUAUGCGGUUCGGUUAAUAAAAUUCAUUUCAAAAGACAAGAUUUGUCAGCUUUUGGUUUCGAAAGCGAAGCGGCGCGCUAUCCGUUAUCAUUGAAUCAUUUAGUUUUGUAAAACAAUGAGCUGUUCGAGUCGAGUUAGGUACUCGUGAUAGCGUAUCGCUUACGCUGUUAAUUCAAACUUUACAAUUUGCAAGUAACAUCCGCCUCAUCUUUACCGAUAGCUGUAAAACGUCAAAUCGAUAUCGUUUGCGCUAAUUUAAAUCUCGAUUAAACUAGGUAUACAGAACUGACGCUAGGUUACAGAACUGACGCAAACUUAUAAUUUCUCAAACAAAAAUGCCUUUUACAUCUUUCGUAUCGGUUAAUAAUAGUUAUAAUUUAUUUUCGUUGCUGUGUAUUUUUAUUCUCGCGUUGGCUAUAGCGUUAUUUACCAAUUUAAGUUUUAGCUAAAUACACACACGCUGAAAUAUAUCGUUGGAAGUGUGUUAGGGAACUGUUUCCUUUGAUUAGUUGUAUUUCGAUAUGUGUAUAUAAUGAUAAGCAAAAUGUUAUAUAUAUAAAAAUACAUUAUUAAUAUACACUAAUAAUCUUGAGUCGGAAUGAGUGAAACUUUAGUACGGGACUGAAAUGCAAAGGGCAAAAGUUAAAUUAUUGUUUGUUAAGAAGGGUAAUAAAUUGUAACAGAGAGACAUAUGCGAGAAGUAAUUUUAUGCUGACUGUAAUAAAGUGAAUACAA